AUGAAGAUCUGUCUAUCUUUUGUUUUAAGUAUCCUUCUCGCUACCACACUAGCUGGUACCUAUAAGGUUAAAGUAGGAAUUAUCAAUGACCUCCAUUAUGAACCUUUUUACCAAACUGGGUCUGACAUUCAGAGAUAUUGUAGAAGUGAUAACUCUCCUCUCAAAUGGAUAACUGGAUACACUCAAGACAACGCAUCUCCCUUCGGAGAAUAUAGGUGAGACGCCCCAAAGAGACUGAUUAAUCUCAUGCUAGAUAAGCUUGAUGAGAUAGAUCCUGAUAUUGAUGUACUUCUCGUCAGUGGCGACUUCAUUGCUCAUGGAAUCGCAGUUGAAAUUACAGAUAAGGUUCACGAUCAAUAUCAAAUUUUAAAAGAUUCUAUUAGUGAAGUGUUCUUAGAGAUGAUCAAUAAAAAGUUUCCAAACGCUAUUGUUCUCCCUGCAAUCGGAAAUAACGAUAUUAAGUAUCAUUAUGUUUCUCCUCAAAGAGGUGUUACUGCUCCAGAUUAUUAUCCCUUUAUGUAUGAUCUUAUUUUUGAGAAGAUGGAUGGUAACAAGAAUAUUGGAACUCAAGAUAUGAGGGACACUUUCACAAAAUUCGGAGGUUUCAGAUACGAUUACUCAGACGAUAUAUCGUUCAUUUCUUUUAAUAGUUUAUAUUACAAUAAUAAAGUCCCAAGUAAAGACACACAAAUCAAGAAAGCCCAAUUUGAUUGGUUAGCCAAUACUAUUGACCAAGAACAAUCAGAACGUAAAUUUGUAAUCUUCUUCCACGUUUACCCUGGAGUUUAUAUCAUUAAGUCACCAAAAUCCUUUUGGGAGCAAGAAGCACAGUUAGAAUUUAAUAGAAUAAUUCAAAGAAAUUCUCACAAGAUUAUAUUGGUUACAGGAGCUCACUCUCAUUAUGCUGAUGUAAAAGUAUUUUUUGACAAGGAAUUUACAAUUCAAGACUUUAUGAAUCCAAAAGAGACAGAAUUUAGAGCUAAUCCAGUUUGGGCACUUUUGGUUACUCCAUCGAUAUCUCCAGUAUUUACAAAUAACCCUGGAGUGACUCAUUUAAAUUUGAAUGACGGAUUUGCUGACAACAUUACUUGGACAUUCCUAGAAUUAAAUAGAUAUCCCUCAGACGAAUCUGAAGCCCAGUACAAUACAUUCAGUCUGGAACAGCAAUGCGGAAUUUUUAAAUUUACCCCAGAGCAGGUCGCUAACUUUAUCAAGAGUUUGAUCAAAGACAAGUAUGCUCUUUACAAAUAUUUGGCGCAUAAGAUAGGCUUCCAGGGAGAAAACAUUGUGAAUGCUUUGCUGGGAUACAAAGAGCUGGGAACCAUUACAUUUAAGGAUGAAUCUGAGUACUUCUGUUCAUUGCUGAAUAAUAAGAGAAUUGAUUAUUACAUUUAA